AUGCAGUGCUGUACCCGGAAAUUUCCUCCUUUCUUAUGCUUAUCAAGGAUCAGGAUCGCGUGUGCAACUGUUUUGGCUUUGAGUAUAGCUGGCCACAACAAGCAAAAUCUCAUCAAGGGCCUACUUCCAGAACUCUUGCCACUUCUUUAUGAUCAGACAAUUAUUAAGGUAGAUUUCCUUGAAGUGGGAAACUCCUCCUCACACUGUGCUUAUCUUGACAAACCAAAUUCAACUUCAGUCAAAAUCCUUUGUGCAGAAAUGGUCAGGCUUACAGGGAUAAUAGUUGACAAAUCAGUGGAGUUUUCAUAUGAAGAGCUUUCAAAGGCUACAGAUGAAUUCAGUCUUUCUAAUCAGAUUGGUCAAGGUGGUUUUGGUAUAGUUUAUUAUGCAGAACUCAGAGGCUAG